ACUUUUAUUUACAUAAUUUUGAUAAAACUAUCAUAAAAAUGUUUUCUAUGAGAUAAAAACUUGAUAUCGUUCAAAAAAGAAAACUAAUUUAACUGGAUCAUUUUUAUGUUCCAUUUCAUAAAAUAUGAUCAAAAUUAUAGAAUACCUCAACAAAUAUUUGGACUAUUUCAUAUAAAACUUGAUCAAUUCAACAAUAAAUGAAUUAAGAAUUCAAACAUUAUGAGUACAAGAUUUAGUUCACCAGUUUUUAUGGACACAUGUAAUCAUUAUAAUCGUAAAAAUCGAAAAUUUCGAAAGAAUAUCUUUGAAGUUAGAGUUGAUGAACCAAUUGAUGUAGAGAUGAAAAGUCAUCCAAUUUACAAUAUUGAUCCUGGUGGAUGUAGUAGUAAAGUUGAUAAGAACAUAACGAAUGACUCAUAUAAUAAACCAUGGGAGUCUAGUAAUACAGAUACAGGUCAUUAUCCAUAUCAUUGUGACACAGAUCUGGAAGUAUGCAGUCAGUCGAACUAUAUUGAUGUAUAUAACAAUAAUAAUAAUAGUUGUGAUUACAAAAAAAUGCCACAUAAUAAUUCAAUGGAAUUAAGACAUUUUCUUGCUCCCCCACCUCAGGAAUGUACACAAAGAAGAACCUCACUUCAUGGUAAAACAAUAACAAUACGUAUCAGUCGUAAUGAGACCAGAUAUCGCAAGUUGCAGGCUAAAAUUUAUAAUUUUCUUGAAAGACCAAAAACAUGGCCUUCUGUAAUAUAUCAUGUGUUUGUAUUUGCUUCAGUCUUUGGAUGUCUUAUUCUUAGUGUAUUAUCUACUAUUAAUGAAUAUGCAGAAUCAGCUGGACGAGUUUUACUUUAUAUGGAACUUGUAAUAUUAUUUUGGUUUUUUGCUGAAUAUUGUUUACGUUUGUGGAGUGCUGGUUGCCGAUCCAGAUAUCAAACAUGGCGUGGAAGAUUACAUUUUGCAAGAAGACCAUUUUGUAUUGUAGAUGUCAUUGUUAUUGUCGCCAGUGUAGUCGUUCUUGCUGUAGACAGUGAUAGAAAUAUGUUUGCAGCAAGUGCACUAAGAGGAUUGAGAUUCUUUCAGAUUUUACGUAUGAUACGAAUGGAUCGUAGAGGUGGAUCAUUUAAAUUAUUAGCAUCCGUUGUAUGGGCACAUAGACAAGAAUUGUUUACAACGGUGUAUAUUGGAUUUUUAGGUCUUCUAUUCAGUUCAUUUUUAAUAUUUUUAGUUGAAAAGAAAGAAAAUGAAAAAAUUCGUACAUAUGCUGAUGCUUUAUGGUGGGGUGUAAUAACAUUAUGUACUGUAGGUUAUGGUGAUAGUGUACCAAAAUCUGGUUUGGGCAAAACUAUUGCAGGAUGUUCAUGUUUGGCUAUAAUAUCUUUCUAUGCCCUACCACCGGGUAUAUUAGGUAGCGGUUUCGCUCUCAAAGUACAACAACAUCAAAGACGAAAACAUCUGAUUCGAAGACGAGUUCCAGCUGCUACAUUAAUUCAGUGUUUAUGGAGGUGUUAUGCUGCAGAUCCUCAUUCAUCAUCCGUCGCAACAUGGAAAAUUCAUAUGAGACCCAUUAGAAAACCUGUUGGAUUAACUAAUUCAUAUUCAAUGACUGAACGAAGUGGAUUUUCUCGAUUUGGUCGAUUUUCAACAUUAAAACGUCGUACAGAAAAAACUACUUCCAAUACAAAUACAAAUAUUAACAAUAUUGUUCCUACUAUAUCAACAGAUUAUCCAAAUAAUGAAACACCGAAAUCUGCACCAGUUAAAAGUGAAGAUUUAGAUGUUAUUUAUGCAUUUAUAAAUGAUGAAGAUAUCACGAAUUCACAGAAUAUUCCUGACCCUGGUAAACCACCAGAUCUAGACGAAAAAAUAGUAAAAGCAUCAAGUGAACUGUUACCAAUCUUAACAAAAGUACAAACACCAAAUGAUAGACAGUGCACAACUGAUUCACUAUCUACUAGUCAAAGUGAACAUAUAAUUAUAUCAAAAAGUGGAAAUCAUUUAACACAACAGAAACAAAAUUUUAAUAGUCCAGCAAUGUUUCAACAUGAUCCAUAUUUAUGCUCAUCCCGUGGAUCUGAAGUUAUUAUGCAUCCAUUAACUGAAAAAGAAAAAAUUGCUGUACGUGUUAUUCGCAAAAUGCGAUUUUUUGUAGCACGUAGAAAAUUUCGUGAAGCUCUCAGACCAUAUGAUGUAAAAGAUGUAAUUGAACAGUAUUCAGCUGGACAUGUUGAUAUGUUAGCUAGAGUGAAAAUACUUCAAGCAAGAUUAGAUCAAAUUUUAGGAAGACCUGGCUCUAAAGGUGAUGAUGUCUAUGAUUCACAUCAAUGUUUAGCAUCAAGAAUUGUAAAAAUUGAACAUAAGAUUGAUACUGUUGAAAUGAAACUCGACAGACUGAUCAAUAUUUUAAAAGCUGAUUAUAUGUGUAAAUACCGUAGUCAAGUAGAAAAUACCGAUGUCAGUGUGAAACAUUCACUUCAGGAUAGUAUCCAAUACAUCCAACAAACUAACUGUUCAGAUAAAUUGAAUCAUCAAACUCAGUGUAAUACACUUUUUUCACCACCAUCACCACCACCACCACCAACAACAACAGGACAAUAUCCAAAAGUAUCAGAAGAUAAAGUGUUUGUAAUUCAACGUAGACCAUGCAAUAGAUUCCAGAAACAAAAACUAACUUCAUCUGAAAGAAAUUCACUUACUGUAAAUUUUCCAUUAUCAUUAAUAACUGAAAGAUGGAAAAGUAUUGAUGCUGAAACAUCUACAAAAGAUACUUAUCCAAACAAUGAAAAACUUAAUACAAACACUAAUAUAUACAAUCAAGAUAAUGAUAAUAAGCAUAAAGCAUAUUUAAAAUCACAAUUCAUAUCUCAUUCUGAAGAAUUUCCUUUAACAAAAAGACGAAGUUUUCCUUUACAAUCUACUUCAUCAUUUAAUAUUCUAUCAAAUAGACAAGGAUUGUCAACUUAUUCAGAAUGUUGUCUAAAAACAGUCAUUAAUACUACUAAUAAUAAUAGAGAUUAUGAUAAUCAUAGUUGUAAAUCAUUUCAUAACAUGAAUCAAACUAUCCAUGAUCUUAAAACAAAUCAAUAUCCCAUUAAUCCUCAUACACAAAUUUCAUUCAAUUAUUCCAAUCUUUCAAAAAGUAUGAAUUCAAUCACAAUUCCCAAUCGAUAUACUUCUUCAAUUAAAACAUCUUUACAAAGACAAGAAGAGAUUAAUACCCCUUUAGAUUAUAGAUUUAUUAUAGAAGAAGAACAAGAAAGGAAAUGUUUAUUAGAUUCAAUUCAUAAUAGAAAUAGCUAAAAAAAAGAAUAACAUUAAUUUUGAUAAUGUUUAAUUUCUUAUCAGAAAUUUCUUUUUUUUUCUUUAAUGAUUAAUCAUGUAAAUAAAAAAAAUUUCUGAAUUGUUUUUUAUACUACUGAUAUUACUACUAUUAUUAUACAUUAUAUACUACUUAUUUAGUUCAGAAUACAUAUAUAUAUAUAUAGUAUAUUGUUGUUUUUUUUUCGUUGAUUCUUCUACAAUAAGCUGUAUGUUGUAUUUAGUUAACUUGAAUUUGAUUCAAACAAUUCAAUGUCUUCCUUUUUUAAUGUUAUUCAUUCUUCCAUAAAGAAGUGUAAACAAAAUAAAGUCAGUUAUUUUAUUUAGGGAAACUGCUAUAAAACAGAAUCUUAUAUUUUUCACUCUGUCGUUCUUUCAUUCUCUCGUUCUUUCACUCUGUCGUUCUUUCAUUCUCUCGUUCUUUCAUUCUCUCAUUCUUUCACUCUCUUUGUUUCAUU